AUGUUUGACGACCACGCCUUGCCGCAAUGUGCCCUGGGUAAGGGGCCGAGUGAUGUGCCCCGCCGCACGCCGUCGCCGACGACCCGUGCGCGUUCCCCCCCCCUGAAGGAAAGCCGCGAUGAGCGUGCGGGUCGCUGGACCGACAAAAGCAUGCGCGCGCGCGGCACCCAGCCCAUGCGCGACGUCAUCCUGCUGGGCCUCGACGCGGACGUCGACGCGGACAAGCUGCGCUUGCUGGUGAGCGCGCUUGCCGAUGCGGCCAACGCGCGCCUCGCCGCGCCGCCGUCGGACGUGACGGUGAUCCGCGACCGCAACACGGGCGCGUCGAAAGGCUUUGGCUUUGCCAAGUUUGACACGCUCGAGGACGCCAAGCGCUUUGUGAAUAUCCAUGCCCCCUUUAUCAACAACCCCGAGCAGUGGCUCGGCCUGCCGCCGGGCGGCACCGCCGAGAACAAGAUGCGCCGCAAGCGCAUCAAGAUCGACUACAGCAGCAGCGAGCGGCCGCAGGGCGGCGUGUCCUACUACGAGCAGCACAACGCGCCAGGCUGCAAAGACCAGCAGAAGCGCCAGCGCGCGCGCCGUACGCGCGAGCACGAGCAGGCGGAGCACGACGCGCAGGUCGAUGUCGGCAACGAAAAUGCGGGCAUGCGUGACGCCUCGGCGGUCGCGACCGAGAUGCUGCUCGUGACCCAGCUCGGGGCCGAGGCCAGCGCCGCCGACGUCGGUGCUGCGCUGCAGACGCUACCGGCCUAUGCCACGAACGGCGGCCAGCAGCUCGCCGAUGCGCUCGCACACCUCGAGCAGGUCAUGCUCGUGCGCGACCGCGCGACGGGCGCGUCGCAGCAGCGUGCCAUGGCCCUCUUCCGCAACAAGGACGCAGCGCGCAUCUGCCUGGCCGCGCUGCGCAGCCAGGCGCUCUUCCCGCAAGGCGUCGCGAUCGGCGCAGGUGCCGUGCGCACCUCGUUUGCGGACGCCAUCGUGUUUGAAGAGGCGGACCCCUACGACCCCACGAGCGCGCCGUGGACCUAUACCGAUGCCGCGAACCGGACGUGGCGCUACGAGGACGAGGCGUUGGGCCUCGAGGUGUGGGAGGCUGCUGCCGUGCCCCCCACGCCCUCGGCCGUCUCUUCGCCGAGCACCUCGCCGCGCUCCUCGGUGUCGCUGCCGAGCGAGACGCUGGCGCCGAUCGUUGCGAACGGCACGACCUACUUCCUCCCCGACGAGCGCCGCGCGAGCGUCGAGUACGUCACGCCGUCGCACCGCGCGCUGCGUACGCUCGACUUUAGCGACAUGCAGCGCCGCAUCUGCCUCCUGUGCCAGCGCCAGUUCAAGUCGCAGGAGCUGCUUGCGCGGCACGCGACCGAGUCGGCGCUCCACCGCGCGAACCUCGCGGCGGAGGAGACGUGCCGCGCAGGCGCCGCGCGCGUGCACGCCUGCCACACGCACCUUGCCAAGGAGAAUGCGGAGCGCGCCGCGCCGCUCCCGGGCAAGGCGCAGCCUGUGCCGGAGCCGCGCCGCGCCGCGCUGCAGCCCAUGGGCUGGAACGCGGCGGAUAUCGACGCGCUUGCCGUGGGCUAUGCCGCGCCUACCUACGCUGCGCACGAGUUCGUGCCGGCCCACCACCCGAUGUACCCCCCCUUUGCUGGACUGCCCGAUAUUGACACGGCGCCGGACGUGUACGAAUCGAAUCCGGGUGCGACACGCGCAGAAGACGCGUACGAAAGCGCGUCGGACGACGAGGUCGCGGCGCCGGGCGACGAGGUGGAGCGUGCCUCGCUCGAUCCCAAGGCCGCCCAAGCGCACUUUCGGCGGGGCGCGCCGGUGGUGCACGAGGGCACCGAGACGCCCCUCGCGCGGCUGCUGCGCCUCCAGGACGAGGCGCGUGCGUUAGAAGAGGCGCUCGCUGCCGAGCCCGAGCGCAGCGAGCACCGGGGGGCGCUGCAGCUCCUCGAGCGCAUCGAGCGAUUGGCGCAGCAGCGCGAGGACCGCAUGCCGCCGCUCGACGCGCCCGCGACCGUUGCGCUGAUCCACACGCUGGGCAAGACACAGGCGCAGGGCCCGACCAAGGACGACGCCGCGCCCCCGUCCGAGCUUGCGCUGCGCCUCGCCGAGCUCGAGCAGUGCAUCGGGCCGGUGGACGGUGCGGAGGAUAUCGUGCCGCUCACGACGACGCUUGCGCGUCUCGAGUCGCAGAUCCAGCUCCUGGCCCAGCCGCGGCACCUCGACGCGAUCGUGCACCGUGCCAAGCUCGCCUCGUCCGAGCUCGAGCGGCUGGCCGAGAGCCGCAAACGCAUGGCGCAGCACGAGGACGUCUCGAGCGAGACGCUCGCCAAGGUAAGCGAGCUGCAUGCGCUGCAGACGCGCAUCGAGCCGCUGAUUCCGCUGGCGCCUGCGCUGCUCGCGCGCCUCGAAGCGCUUGCGCCGCUGCACGCGUCCGCAUCCGACGCCGCGUCGCGCGUCGCGAGCAUCGAGCAGGCCCAAGGGUCGCAAAAGAGCCGCGUGGCCGAGCUACACGAACCUGGCCGCGCUGCAAGCGCGCCUUGCGCGGCUUGA